GACAGGAAGAUAACAGUGGAGACUAAAGCAGCAGCAGCAGCAGCAACAGUGCUGUGGCACUUUCUCUUCACGGACAUGACAGCACAGAUGCCAGACUGAAACUGCGCCGAACUUCCACUGCGCGAGGCGAUCCUUUUAUUUCUCUCUCGUGGGCGUUUUCUGCUGCAGACGCUCCAACUUGUGGCAGAAGUCAGUGCGUGUGUUUGUAGUGUGAACGCAAGGGAGGAGGAGGAGGGGGGAGAGAGGAGAGGAGGAAUGCACGGGUUCGACGGAUCUCGUUCCUGUGCGUUUGUUCCCCCCAAAGAUCAGUGUCGUGACUCGGUCCAGGUGAGAGAAUCGAUCGUGCAACCAUCCACGUAGAACAUGCAGCUGCACAAGGGGCUCUAACACGGUUGUUUACCUGCGUUGAAGCGUGCACGUCGCGCCUGUGUGCAGAGCGACUCUCCGUCAUGGGGAACUACCGCGCGUAACGCUGGCUCUCUCCAUGGAGCCGCGCAUCACGAGCCGCACGUUAACGCACACGGAGUGACUUGAAUCAAGAUGAGUCUGGACCAGGGCGGGAUCUCCUUACAGGUGCCUUGUUUUGGUGCAUGUCCCGGCAAAGAGAGCUCCAGUGGUGGCGCUGGUGACACCACUACCACCAACAGCAGCAGCAGCGGCGGCGGUGGUUGGGGAGGAGGUGUCAACAACGCCGCAGCUGGAGCUGGAGCUGGACUCCCUGCAGCCGGGACUUACUGGCAGGACUCUGCGAUGUCCAGCGGGAUGUACAGCCCCACCGCCGUGACCUGCCCCAUGGAGGUCGGUGGGCUGCUGUCCACAGGGAAGUCCUCGUCUAAAAGCAGGCCGGUGACCGUCGCCUAUGUGGUGAAUGGUGAAACGAGUCAGCAGAAUAAUAACGCGGAGAGUUUGGCUCUGCAGUGUCUGAAGGACGCCUGUGAUGCCGUGGGCAGCAAACUGGAGACGGUCAACUUUGGGAAACUGGACUUUGGGGAGACCACGGUGCUGGACAGCUUUUAUAACGCAGACUUGGCCGUGGUGGAGAUGACAGAUGCUUUUCGACAGCCCUCGCUCUUCUACCACCUGGGCGUGAGAGAGAGCUUCAGCAUGGCCAACAAUAUCAUCCUGUACUGUGACACUAACUCCGACUCCCUCCAGUCUCUUCAGGAGAUAAUUUGCCAGAAGAACACUACGUGCUCAGCCAAUUACACCUUCAUCCCCUACAUGGUGACGCCCCACAACAAAGUGUACUGCUGCGAGGGCAGCCUCAUGAAGGGUCUGACAGAACUGAUGCAGCCCAGCUUUGAGAUGCUGCUGGGGCCCAUCUGUAUGCCACUGCUGGACCGAUUCAUCCAUCUGCUCAAAGUGUCACAGGCCAACUCCCACCAGUAUUUCCAUGAAACCAUUCUGAACGAGAUCCGGAAAGCUCGAGAACUUUACACCGGCAUGGAGCUGGCUGCCGAGCUGAACCGAAUCCAACAGCGUCUGGACAACGUGGAGUGCCUUUCGGUUGACAUCGUCAUCAACCUGCUGCUGACGUACAGAGAUAUCCAGGACUACGAGUCCAUCGUGAAGCUGGUGGAGACGUUGGAGAAGCUCCCGACCUUUGACCUGGUAGCUCACCCACAUGUAAAGUUCCACUACGCCUUUGCAUUGAAUCGGAGGAACCUGCCAGGAGACAGGCAGAGAGCCCUGGACAUCAUGCUGCCCCUGGUGGAGGACGAAGAGAACGUGGCCUCGGACAUCUACUGCCUGGUGGGACGCAUUUACAAGGACACAUUCCUGGAGUCUCACUUUACUGAUACACAGAGCAGAGACAGUGGGACACUAUGGUUUAAAAAGGGGUUUGAGUCAGAGCCAACACUGCACUCUGGCAUCAACUACGCCGUCCUCCUCCUGGCAGCUGGACACCAGUUUGACACUUCUUUUGAGCUACGCAAAGUGGGAGUUAAGCUGAGCAGCCUUCUGGGUAAAAAAGGAAGCCUGGACAAGCUGCAGAGCUACUGGGAUGUGGGCUUCUUCCUGGGAGCCAGUAUCCUGGCCUGCGACAACACCAGGGUCAUCCAGGCCUCCGAGAAACUCUUCAAACUCAAAGCUCCCAUCUGGUAUCUACGCUCACUGGUGGAAACCAUCUUAAUUUACCAGCACUUUAAGAAACCCAGCUCUGAGCAUACCGCCCCUAAACAGGAGCUGGUGGAUUUCUGGAUGGACUUCCUGGUGGAGGCGACCAAGAAAGACGUCUCCUCUGUCAGGUUCCCAGUGUUAAUACUGGAGCCCACCAAAGUGUACCAGCCCUCGUAUUUGUCCAUAAAUAAGGACGUGGAGGACAACACGGUGUCCAUCUGGCAUGUUGCUCCAGAUGAUGAGAACAAAGGAAUCCACGAGUGGAACUUCGGAGCUGCGUCAGUACGAGGUGUCAGCAUCUCCAAGUUUGACCAGCGCAGCGCCUUCCUCUACGUCCUGCACAAUGCAGAAGACUUUCAGAUCUAUUUCUGCACAGAGAUGCACUGUAAAAGAUUCUGUGAUCUGGUCAACAGCAUCACUGAGGAGAGCUGGAAAGGUCCGGAGGAGGGAGAGUGUGACAGUGACGCCCUAGAGUACGACUAUGAGUACGACGAGCAUGGCGAGAGGGUGAUUCUGGGUAAAGGCACGUUCGGUGUGGUGUACGCGGGUCGUGACCUCAGCAACCAAGUCCGACUGGCCAUCAAAGAAAUCCCAGAGAAAGACAGCAGGUACUCUCAGCCGCUCCACGAAGAGAUCGCUCUCCACAAACACCUAAAGCACAAGAACAUUGUCCAGUACCUGGGCUCCAUCAGCGAGAAUGGAUUCAUCAAGAUCUUCAUGGAGCAGGUGCCUGGAGGGAGCCUGUCCGCCCUGCUGAGGUCCAAGUGGGGGCCCUUGAAGAACAACGAGCCCACCAUCGGCUUCUACACCCGGCAGAUCCUGGAGGGGCUGAAAUAUCUGCACGACAACCAGAUCGCACACAGAGACAUCAAAGGCGACAACGUCCUCAUCAACACCUACAGCGGCGUCCUGAAGAUAUCGGACUUUGGCACGUCCAAGAGAUUGGCCGGAAUCAACCCCUGCACCGAGACUUUCACAGGCACGCUCCAGUACAUGGCUCCAGAAAUUAUAGACAAAGGUCCUCGUGGAUAUGGUAAACCGGCCGACAUCUGGUCUCUGGGCUGCACCAUCAUAGAGAUGGCAACUGGGAAACCUCCGUUCUACGAGCUGGGAGAACCGCAGGCUGCCAUGUUCAAGGUGGGCAUGUUUAAGAUCCAUCCAGAGAUCCCAGAGUCCAUGUCUCUGGAGGCCAAGGCCUUCAUCUUACGUUGUUUUGAGCCCGACCCGGACCGGCGUGCCACAGCUCUGGACCUGCUCACGGACGAGUUCCUCACAGUCACCAGCCGCAAGAAGAAGGGCAAAGGAGGAUUCACAGGUGGCAUUCACCUUAAUGCUCUAUCACCAGGGACAGAGUAUCUCCGCAGCAUCUCUCUGCCCGUGCCCGUGGUGGUGGAGGACACCAGCAGCAGCAGCGAGUACGGCUCCGUCUCCCCUGACAACGACCUCAACACCAACCCUUUCAUCUUCAAGCCCAGCAUCAAGUGCUACAGCGAGAGGGACGUCAAGGGGCCGCGCUCUCUGUUCCUCAGCAUUCCCGUGGAGAACUUUGAGGACCACAGUGCUCCUCCAUCGCCUGAUGAGAAGGACUCUGGCUUCUUCAUGCUCCGAAAAGACAGCGAGAGACGAGCGACACUGCACCACAUUCUGACAGAGGACCAGGAUAAGGUGGUGGCCAACCUGAUGGAGGCGCUCACACAGGGCUCCGAGGAGACCAGACUGAAGCCUCAGCACAUCUCCACCCUGGUGGUCAGUCUUGGGGAUUUUGUCCGUAUGGCAGAUAGGAAGAUCAUCGCCAACACGCUCUCACAGCUCAAACUGGAGCUGGACUUUGACAGCACUGCCAUCAGUCAACUGCAGGUGGUGCUCUUCGGAUUUCAAGAUGCUGUGAAUAAAGUGCUGCGAAACCACAACAUCAAGCCUCACUGGAUGUUCGCUCUGGACAACAUCAUCCGUAAAGCUGUGCAGACGGCCAUAACGAUACUUGUACCAGAAUUGAGGCCUCACUUCAGUCUGGCCUCAGAAAGCGACGCCGCCGAUCAGGACGAUGUCGACGAAGAUGACGGCGAGGCUGCGAGGAACCCCACCCAUCAGAGCCGAGUGCCUCCUGUAGCCACACACGACGACACCGUGGCCACGUCAGGGGUCAGCACGCUGAGCUCCACCGUCUCACAGGAGUGCCAAAAUGCACAGCGCUCUGUGAGCAUGGAGCUGGGCAGGAUGAAGCUGGAGACUAACAGGCUGCUGGAAGAGCUGCUGGAGAAGGAGAGAGAGUAUCAGGCCAUACUGCAGCAAGUGUUGAAAGAGAGAGAGCAGGAGAUCAGACUACUGAGGCUGAGAUCUGAGCCCACCGACGUUCCUGAGUCGUCCUCUGAAGCCCAGAGGAGUCAGACCGCAGAGAGAUUUGAAGACUCAGAGCUGAGCAGCUGGCUGAGGCUCCAGGGUGCAGACCAGGACUCUAUAGACAAGAUUUUAAACGAACAGUACACACUGAACGACAUCCUCCAUGAUGUAACCAGAGACGACUUGAAGAGUUUAAGACUGAGAGGCGGAAUCCUGUGUAAAUUGUGGAAAACCAUCACAGACUACAGACAAAAGAAAACCUGAUGCCUUAAACUGCACUGACCACGCAGAGGAAACCUGGAAGAUUUUCCCAGUGACUAUUUUCUUCUUUACCUCAGUAUUUAUACAAGUGAGAUUUUCAGACGAGCCAGAGUUCGUUGUGUGUGUGUGUGUGCGCGCGCACAUGCAUAGGAAAGUACCAGAUCCCAAGGAUGUUGUGAACUUCAAACCAUGGCUUUGAAACAAGGAUCAAGGAUGUGAAGUCAACCAACACUGAGCAGUGCCACUGGGUUUGUCUUAUUUGUUACAGUUGUGUCAAAACAAAUUUAAAAAAAAUAUGGCUGAAAAACAAUUCUCCAUAAACUCUUCAAACGUUUUCUCCAGACUUUAGAAGAUGUUGAGCGUUUACAGAACUGACUGUUUUCUAUCACAGAGGCCUGAGAUACAAAACAUAUGACAUUAUAUUAAAAAAAUUGUGCUUUUUAUAACUAUAGGCAUCAUAUCAUUACUUUAUUUAAAUGGACUUUAAUUAAUUUAAUUGCCAUGGACUAAUCUGAAGGAUGUGAGUGCAUGCCCUGUUUCUUUAUUUCAUCUGUACUGAGACUUAUUUAAUUUCAUUUGUACUGUUGUUUUUUAAAAUUUUGUUGUUUUUUUUAAAUCACAAAUCUCCACUUUUUUAUUUUUCAGAAACAUGUAUAUAUUGUGUUCUAAAUUAUAUGUGAAUCACAUUUAUGUAUUUUGAAAUAUAUAUAUAUAUUUAACCAUAACAUGGUUCACUCUAUAUUGAACACGUGAAUGAUAAAUGGGAUGUGUAUUUUAUGUAUUUUCUCGAGGUGAUGAUCUGUUAGUAAUUAAUGUUACAUGGGAGCAUUCUACUCUUUUUAACCUUGUACACUGACUUUAUUGUAAUGAUGUGAUGCAGUCAUUCAGCCACAUCUAUGUUGUGAUGGAAAAAACAUGUCACAUUAAAGAUCCCGGAGUUUGUUAUUUCA